AUGGCCGUGGACUUUGGGGACCGUGCCAGCGGGUUCCGCCACAACAAGGUGAUCAGAUUCAUCAACAGUGUAGUCCUCAUGAAUGGGGGCGGCCCCGAUUUCUAUGUGGCCUUCUGCUCGCGGCCCUGGAAUGAGGUAGAGGAUCGGCUGCGCGUUGUCGCUGACUUGCAGGUGCCGUGCACCAUCAGGAGGGCCUGUGCCUGGAGCGCGCUGGCCUAGAGCGUGCGUGUGGGCUCGAGGCAGCGGGAGCAGCAGGCGCGCUGGGUUCGGCGGCUCCAGCAGAAGCUAGAGGAACGCGAGGCGGCUUCCUGGGCCUCUGAGCCGUGGCGCCUGCGCGAGGAGCGCGAGGAGGUGGUCACGCAGCUGCACCUCACGCGGGCCGCCUUGCAGCAGGCGCUGAAACAGCGCGAUGUGCUUUGUGGGCGGCUGCUCCUGGUCGACAGGUCGGCACAGGUCACCCCACUGGCCCAAGAGUUGGUGCCUGGGCCUCGAGCCGAGCAACUUGGGGCUGCAGAGUGGCCCAUGAGCGCAGAGCAGCAGAGAGAUGUGGUAGCCAUGGGGGAGCAUGACAGGCUGUAUUUCAAGAGCCAGAUGCCAGCCUCGACAGAUGUCCUUUAUGUGCCGGGACCCCCGAGUCUCUGGGCCCAGGCCAUGCAACCCCCUCUGCCAAUGCCGAUACCAUACCCAUUUCCAUUCCAUGCACCAUUCCCGAUGGGAUUCCCAUUCUUGCCACCUGUACCACCAGCAGUAGUCAUGGAAACAGAAGCUGGAGUCGUCCCAUUUCAGGUGCCUCCGGAGAUCUAUCCACCUGGCCCGUGGGCUUUCGGGGAGAUGGCCCCACUGUGGAACCAGAGGAGCUACAGCCAGGGGGAAGGUCCUGAGAUCCUGCAGGGUACAGUCCCCUUAGGGGAUAUCAGAAGUCUUAACCAGGAAGGUCACGAAGAAGGUCCAGAGAGGUCCGAGGGAAUGGUCCCUCUUGGGGAUAGUUGGAGCCACAGCCAGGAAGAAGUCCAAGAGAGACCCCAGGGGACGGUCCACUUGAGGGUUAGCUGGAGCCUCAACCAAGAAGAAGGCCCAGAGAGCCCCCAGGGGAUGAUCCCCCUGGGAGCCAAUGGGAGCUACAGCCAGGAAGAAGUUCCCAAAAGAUCCCAGAGGACCAUCCCCCUGGGGAACAGCAGAAGUCACAGGCAAGAGGAUCCAGAGAGGCCCCAGGGGACUGGCCCUCUGGGGGUCAGCAGAAGCCAGAGACAGGAAGGAGGUUCACAAGGGCCCCAGGGGAUGCCCCCUCCGCUGUUCAACAGGAGACUCGGCCAGGAAGGAGGUCCAGAGAGGCCUCAGGCAACCGCCCAGGGGGACAGCUGGAGCCCUAGUGGGAGAGAAAACCCAAAGAAACAACAGCCUCAGGGGCAGAAGACCAAGCGGCCAAAAGGGAAAAAAGCCUCAGAAUCACACCACCAGGAGAAGUCUGCCUCAGGCUGCAGUUCAGUGAAUUGGGAGUGCCCGUGGUGUAAAGCAAUGAAUUUUCCAUGGUGCAAGGCCUGCUAUGAAUGCAAGAAAGUCUGCAUGGCAGUUGAGAGUGGAGGCCCCGACCCAGGACAAACCCGCUGA